CUCUCAUCUACCACACCUUCACCUCCAUCCCCAUCCUCAAGAGAAUAGCAUUGGAGACAGGAAAAUAAAGCUGUCACACCACACAAAGCUCAAGACCCAGACCAUUAUUCAUUCUUCCAUACUGCCACCAUGGUUCAGCAGCACGGAGACCACCAUGACAUCCCAGCCGAGCACAAGGUUCACAAGCCCGGUGCUUGGCUCCCGACCGACACGCGUAUCCACAAGGCAUGGCUGAAGAAGCAGGUCGACCAUGUGGACAACAACCCCAAGACACUCAUCCCGGUGCUGCAGGAGUUCAAGGACUUCAUCGAAACCAACCCCAGGAUCAGGAUGCUUUUCACCCAGAUGUGGGAGGAGGUUCCCAACAAGGAGCCCUACAACAAGGACCCAACUGGCCAUAAGCAGAUCCGUGACUACGGUCACAUGCUUGCUGUGCUCAACCAUAUCUUCUCUCGAGCCCCCGAGUGGACUGACGCUGCUGAGCAUGUCGGUAUGGUGGGUGUGCCCAUGUGUGCCGUCUUUGACUAUCCCAUGGCCACACCCAGUGGCCACGCUGCCUUCCUGGAUCCAGAUGUGAACAGGAUGCUGAAGAAGGUCCUGAACGAGUGGGGCAGGUUUCUGCAGACACCGGAGUCAGCCGAGGUCCUCAACGACAGCCACACAGGCUGGUUCGGCAAGACGGGUGUCCAGGACGUCAUGGCCGUUGCCAACGCACCGCUGCAGACCAGCCACAAGUUCGAGGAGCACUACAAGUGCGACGCUACGAAGCCCAAGUACGGCUUCAAGUCGUGGGACGACUUCUUCACGCGCGAGCUGCAGGAGUCGGCCCGCCCCGUCGCCGACCCAGAGGACGACAAUGUCAUCGUCAGCGCCUGCGAGUCGCGCCCCUAUGCCGUGCAGCGCGACGUCAAGUUCCGCGACACAUUCUGGAUCAAGGGCCAGCCCUAUUCCAUCGUCGACAUGCUCAACGCCGAUCCCCUAGCCGAGCAGUUCCGCGGCGGCACCGCCUACCAGGCCUUCCUGUCGGCGCUGUCGUACCACAGGUGGCACGCCCCCGUCAGCGGCACCGUCAAGAAGGCCUUCCUUGUCGACGGAACCUACUUUAGCGAGCCGCUGUACGACGCCGGCGACCUCAACAGCGCGUCAGAGCAGGAGGAGAUCAAGCAGGGUAUCUCGGCUGCCCAGGGCUACCUCUCGUGUCUGGCCGCCCGCGCCGUCAUCUUCAUCGAGGCCGAUAACCCUGCCAUCGGCCUGAUGGCCUUUAUCGGCAUUGGUAUGGACGAGGUGAGCACCUGUGAGAUCACCGUCAAGGAGGGCCAGCACAUCAAGAAGGGCGACCAGACCGGCAUGUUCCACUUUGGUGGGUCUACCCAUGUCCUGCUCUUCAGGAAGGGUGUCCAGGUGGAUGGGUUCCCUGAGCCAGGGCAGACGAACAACGUGGCUGUCAGGAGCAAGGUGGCCGUCGUGCAGGGUUAGCUAUGAAUCAUGAGUAAUGAAUCAAAAUAGUACUUUUAUAGCAAUUAUGACCUUUUCUUCUCUG